CACAGCGCGAUCAUGGUGGAAGUCGUGGUGCUGGAAGGGUACCUUCACAAGCAGAGCAAGCAUCUGAAGCUGUGGAAGAUCCGCUACUUUGUGUUGGCCGAGUGGACCUUGUCGUACAGCAAAAAGUCCGGGAAGAAGGCCAAAAACUCGUACGAGCUCAAGGACGUCCACGUGAUCCCCGACCAAAACUACGUCGUCCACGACCACAACUUUGUGUUGGACGUCCAGUAUGGCCAUGACAAGCACAUGUACUUGAGCGCACCGACCGAAUCGGAGCGGCUCAAGUGGACACAGGCCAUCAAGGCCACCCGCGGGAAAUGGUUGGAGUUAACCAGUCCAGACGCCACCGUCGACGGAACCAAACUCCCCCGCGACGCCGCUUCGUCUGCAUCGUCGUCGGGCUUCUUCGGCCACCUCUUUCAACUGCCAGACUCGUCGGCCUCGAAAUCCAAGCGCAUGAUGCGAAAGAAGCGCCACGCCACCAAGGAGCGCAAGGACGAGCGGAAGCGGGCACGCAUGGCCAAGAUGAAGAAGCCCUUCGGAAGCAUCUGGCUUGAGGAUGUGCUCCCGCACUGGGGGGAUGCCGCAGCUCUGCCGCCGCACAUGGUGGAAGCGCUGUGCUUUGCAGGCAUUCCAAAGGAACUACGCGGCCGCGCGUGGUCGGCGAUGCUCGGGAAUCGGCUGCAGAUCAACGAACAACUGUUUGACAUUUGCCGGUCAAGAGCCAAGGCGGUGCUGUUGGAAAUGCAUUUGGUCCAGGACAAGGAUGAAAAGUGCCGAUUAGAGUCACUCGAACAACACAAGGAGCAAGUAAACGGCCAACGAAACCACCAAGUUGCUGAGCAACUGCAUCACAACUCGCGACCCCAGCUGACCCUUCCUGUCCACCGUCCCACCGACGAUACCCCCCUCCCGUCGUUAUCAGCCAAUGAAAAAGCACCAGUCGUUGCAGAGCCACCGACCAAAGACAUGCCGAGCGUGGCUGAGCAACUCAUUGCCGACAAUGAACGCAACAUCAAGCUCGUCCAACGAGACAUGCCGAGGACAUUUGGCAACCACCCGCUGUUUCAAGAUGGCGCGGCGGGGACCCAAAAGACAUAUGAUGUGCUCGAAGCGUACACUUGCUACCGCCCAGACUUGGGGUAUGUGCAAGGUAAGGAGUACAGUCAGUCAGUCAGUGUCGUCGUGAUGAGAAGGACGUGGAUGGAGCGAUCUUGGGAUACGUCGUCUGUACAUGCAUAUAUGACUAGGCAUGAGCUACUUGGCUGCGAUUUUGUGUCUGCAUCUCGACAGCUUUGGCGCGUUCCGGGCGAUGGUGUCGCUCAUGAGCACGCGACUCAUGUUUGACAUGUAUCGUCUCGAGGAGGAUCGGACGUUUCUGUACCUAACCGUGUACGACACUGUGCUCAAGCACGAGCUGCCGACAUUGUACAGUCAUUUCCAAGAGAUCGGCAUGGAUCCCAAGAUGUACGUGGUCGAUUGGUAAGUUCACGUUUAGCAUCUAGGACGAGGGGGAAUGUAUGAUGGAGGAAGCGCAGGGCAUUUACGUUGUUUACGCGGUGUGUGCCGCUCGAAGUGGUGUUGCGCAUCUGGGACUGCUACAUCUACCUCGGCACGCCCUUCUUCUUCCAAGCAUGCAUGGGUACGCAUGUGCAUACUUUCAUUGUUUCAUGUGCAUGAUGGUGCAUAGCCAUCCUCGUCAUGUACGAAGACACGUUGCUCACGUUGGACCUCGGCGAUGCGAUGAAGUUCCUCCAUAACGUUCCCAAGGUGCGCUCGAUCCUCGAUUCGCACACGUGUAUGACCGCACAACCAUGUAGUCUUGCUCCCCCCAUGACUUCUUCGAGGCCAUGGAUACCGUCAACCUUUCGCGACCUGCCAUCAACGCGCUCCUUGCAGGCGGCGACGUCCGGCCUUGGUCUCCAGUCGGGAAAAGGUCGAUUGAAGUUGAAUAUCCGGAAGCGUACGAGUACUGAUCGUACUAAUAGUAAUACUAUGUACUUCGAAG